UUUGUCUACUCUGUUCACUCUGUAUGUGAACUCUCAGUCCUCAUCCUCAGAAGAAACCUGCUCCAUACCUUCAAAAAAUGAGCCUGGAGGCUUAAAUUCAUAACUUUGCUGGACUCUAAAAAUCAUGAACUGAACAGACACUGAUUUUAUGGCUUAUGGUUUUAUUACAACAAUCUGUCACUCUCUAACUCCCUUUUUGUUCUAUGACUACUACAGUGGUGUUAACAGGCCAUUUCACCUUGAAUGGGGCCUUGUAAGCAAUCUGUUCCACUUUGCAUUUAGCUGUGACACCCUGACUUUAGUACUUUUCCCAGACCCGGAGAAGAGCUCUGUGUAAGCUCGAAAGCUUGUCUCUCUCCCCAACAGAAGUUGAACCAAUAAAAGAUAUCACCCUUGUCUCUCUUGAGUAAGGAUGACUUGACUUCAGCAUUUCUGAAGGUAAUGGGAGGUGACAGCCAUGAUGAACAAGGGAAAACAAGUGAGUUCAGCGUCGGGAAUUGUGAGAUCAUGGGAAACUUCUAAAACUCCAGACUAAAUAUCAUGAGAUUCAUGAUGCUUUCAGUAGAGUCGGCGGCUCUUGGGCAUCAGGUUUUCACCUCACAACCAGUAUGUUUUCAAUUAAAGCAUCUGGAAAUUUUCCACCUCUCCCAAGGAAAGUUCCCUGUUCUCUGCGGGGAGGGGGAUUUUCCAGCCCUCUCCUGGAGUGAGCUGGUGGGAUUGUGGCUGGGGCAGCAGGUACUGAAUGAGGAUCUCUUGCUAUUUCAGGGGCCAGUGACCUUCAAGAAGGAGACUCAUCAUGGAGGAGAAUUGUGAGAAUGUGACCUCACUGGGUAAGGAUCCCUGUACCCUUAGGAAUUAGAAGCUGGGGGAGCGGGUUUCUCUGAGGCACGUGAUUUGGCUUCUGCUCAGGGUUCUUUCCUGCUCCCUUAUAUUUUGGGGGGACCAGCCACAUCACCCCCAGAAUCCAUAUGACCACUCCACACCCUCUUCCAAGGGAGAGGAAUUCAGAGACGCAUUGGAGAUGCUAGUCCAUCCCCACAACUUCGAAUGGAGAGGAAGAGUUGCAUGUUCCUCUCCGUAUUAUUAAACAUGGGCGUACAGUGUCCCUCCCUACAGAGAACUGGGUCCAUGCCUGGAGAGGGCUUUGGUCUCAGCAAUAUUAGAAAGGAGUAAGAAGAGAUGGUCCAAUUCCUAAGCCAGAGUCAUAAGACUCCCCAGUGUAUGGAGAUCCCGGGAUCUCCUUCCGCAGGAAUCACAUGCCACUAUAAACACCCAACCUCCCCCAAAGGAUCUCCAAGACCAUUUUUCAAUCCAUUUGGUUUAUACAAAGGCACUACCUGGCACAUCUGGAAACAUCUGAGAAUAACUGUAAAACCCUAGUCUCAGCCUCGGCUGUUUUCUUUCCCCUGAGCUGAGUUUCCAGUUCCCACAGCCAACAUGAUCUCCUAGCUGGAAAAGGGGGAAGAGCCAUGAGUCCUAGGUCACCAGGGCUCCAUGGAAAAAGUGAUCCUGAGAGGUGCCGGUCAGAUGAGGAAUUGUUUGAACAAAUGCAGAAAUCAUCCAGCCUUGGCAUAAACGUCUGGCAUUCUCACACAGGCCCCAUAAACUCCCCCAUUUCUGCCUUAUCUCUACCUCAUCUCUACCUAGUCAAGAUUAUGCCCAUGAGGUGUUCUAUCUUCCUGGCAGAUGUUACUCAUGGCUUUCCUCCCACCCUGACCAACAUCUGGCAGCGGCUCAUGUCUCUCUGAAUGUUCAGAUAGGUUGAAGAGGCAGAAUUGGUCCUCUCCUCUCUCUGUUUCGAGGAAGGUCUUGGGAUUCAGAUUCUACUCCUGAGUUUUUGAUCGCCCCAGAAGUUAUUUGGGUGAUGUGAUGGUGAGUGAGAAUAAGGACUCAAGUCCUCAGCAGAAAAGUCUUGAGCAUGUGGAACCAUGUGGGAUAUUGCUGGGAAGACCUGAAGAGGGUAUUUUCCAAAGUUCUGAGCUGGGAGAAUCCUGUGAGACUCAACACAGGCCAGAGAGGCAACUGGGAAACCCCUCAGGAGAUGGUCAGAGAAAAUCCAGUCACCGUGCGGGAGAUUUGAAGGACCUCAAUGGGACCACAGUGCAGCUGAGAAUCAGCACUAAAGAGAAACGGCAUGAAUGUGCUGAGUGUGGGAAAAGCUUCAGCCAGAGAUCAAACCUGAUUGUACAUCAGAGAGUUCACACAGGAGAGAGACCUUACAGCUGCCCUGACUGCAGGAAAAGCUUCAAGCAGAGUUCAGACCUUCUUCGACAUCAAAGAAUUCACACAGGAGAGAGGCCCUACCGAUGUCCCAUCUGUGGUAAAAGCUUCAAUCAGAGCUCAGAACUUAGUAAACAUCAGAGAACCCACACGGGAGAGAAACCCUAUAAGUGCCUUGAGUGUGGGAAAAACUUCAAUCAGAGCUCAGAACUUGUUAAACAUCAGAGAAUUCACACAGGAGAGAGACCUUAUAGGUGCUUGGACUGUGGAGAAACCUUUAGCCAGAGCUCACACCUUACUGUGCAUCAAAGAAUCCACACGGGAGAGAGACCCUAUAAGUGCCCCAAGUGUGGAGAAAGUUUCAGUGUGAGAUCAGCCCUUACUACACAUCAAAGGAUCCAUACAGGAGAGAAACCCUAUAAAUGCCCCAUCUGUGAAGAAAGAUUCAGUCAGGUCUCAGCCCUUAUUACACAUGAGAGAAUCCACUCCGGAGAGAGACCCUAUAAAUGCCCCGACUGUGGGAAAAGCUUCACACAGAGCUCAGCCCUAAUUAGACAUCAGAGAACCCACAUGGGAGAGACACCCUAUAAAUGCUUAGACUGUGGGAAAAGCUUCAAGGCGAAGGUCUCUCUAAUGUCCCACCAGAAACUGCACACAGGAUAGAAGGUGUCAGAAGCUUUCCCUGCAGGGCAGGUGUGGCCAAAUUCAGUGGGCUAUUCAUUUGUAUUGGAGCUUACAGGAACAGAUCAUUUGCAUCGUCUAAAUUGCCAGCAGAAGAGACGGUGAGGCAGCAUAGAGGCAGACAGCAUGGGAUAGAAUCCACCCCCAGCAGGGAAAAGGAACUGUAGCUCGGGAGACAUGUCAGAAGAAGACAUUUCUAAGGUUUACUGGAUUAUGAAGAGACAGGGAGCAAAUCCCUAAAAUAUCCUUCAGCUGAGGAGACAAGGAAAACCAGCACCUUGAACUCCGACAGCGGGGCUCCUGGCUGAAAGCUAGCCAGCCAUUGCCGGGAAUGGAAGACUAGUGAGGAAACUACCUUGUACAAAGAUUGGUGCUUGUUAAGUUAGCUCCUAGCCAUUAGGAAGCAUAUUUUUACUUUUGUUUGUUUGUGACCUUUCUAUCUUUAUUCCUUCUACCAGGUAUCACUUAGGGCUUGGCUACACUUACAGUCGAGGAAAGCUGGCUGUAUUUUAAAGAAUCCUUAUUGAGGUUGCAGGAACAAACCAUCCCGAUGUGUAGGAAGAAAAGUAAAUAUGGCAGGCGAC